AUGGCCACUUCCUUCUCCUCGUCAUCGUCAAAAUCCAAAGCCCUGGGCAGCGCAAGAUCAAUCAGUUUACCCUCCAGAUCCCACCCCACCACCGCAAAAACCGAAGAGGAACUCAACAAACUCAAAUCCUGGGAAACCACCUCGCCGGAAUCCUCCGACGCCGAGGUAAUCUGCACCGGUCUCGAGGCGUUAUCGGAGCUCCAGAAAUCCGUGGAUUCUCUUCUCACCUUGCCGUACACAAUCCAAGCUUUGUCCAUUCAGGAGGACAAGAAAUGGGCGGAUGAAUUGCUGGAAAAUUCUGUCAAGAUUCUCGACAUCUGCGCGGCGACGAGGGAGAUUGUUUUGCAGUUUAAGGAAUCUAUCUGGGAUCUCCAGUCCUGUCUGAGAAGACGAAAGGAAAACAAAUACAAUUCUUUUGGGAAAAAGAUGAAACAGGAAGCCAGAAGAUUGAUCACGUCUCUGAAAAAAAUGGACCAAGAAAUCUGGACCCCAGUCUUGUUGGAUUAUAACGUUGAUCACCAUGUUUGUGCUGUGAUUAGAGCUCUGAGAGAGUCGAGUUCCAUGGCCAAUUCUGUUCUGCAGAAAGUGCUGGUGUUCUUAUCAAUGGCGGUUUCGAAUUCGAAGGCGAAGCCAAGGCCAAGCAAAUGGUGUGUGGUUUCGAGAUUGGUUCUGCACAAGGGGGCCAUAGCUAAUUCCCAGGAGGAAGAACAGAGGACGAACAAGAUAGAUGAAUUGGAGAGGGUGGGAGCACAGCUUGAAGGGAUAGAAAAUGGGUUGGAGAAUUCAUUUAGAGCCUUGAUUAGAUCAAGAACCUCUCUUUUGAAUGUUAUCUCAUGCCACUGA